GCUUCUGUAAAUGAGAGCUGAUCCUCAGCGGCGCUGCGCUGUGUCCAAUGUUUCCACUCACAGCUGACUGGAACAGCUCGAACAGAACCGAACCAGAUCAUUGACAGGCGGUUCCGAUCUCCCGGACUGGAGCUGGAUGGAGGUGGACCGGGGGGCCAUGGAGUGCGCCGUGGACGCACAGAGCCUGAUCUCCAUCUCCUUAAUGAAGAUCCACAACUCCAGGACGCAGAGAGGAGGCAUCAAGCUGCACAAGAACCUGCUGGUGUCCUACGUGCUGAGGAACGCGCGGCAGGUCUACAUCAAGGAGAAGUACGCAGAGAUCUACAGGAUGCAGCAGUACGAGGAGGUGAUGGCGGUCUGCAACGAGAUCCAGGAGCUGGACCCGCUGGACCUGGGCGCGGAGGACGGGGACGAGGAGGAGCAGGGACGGGCUCAGUGCUGCGGAGAGGAGAGCCGGACGGCGGGCAGCAGAGAGCCGGAGCAGCCGUACUACCGGAGCUGCUGCAUGGAGGCUCCAGCCUGCGAGCAGUUCUCCCAGAACAGCAGCACCUACUGCAACAAAACCACCGUGCUGGACUUGGACACUCAUGUGGUGACCACGGUGGAGAACGGCUUCCUGCAUCAGGACUGCUGCUGCGCCGCGCCGCAGUGCGCACCGGGCGCACCGGGCGCUGCGCCCAGGAAGCGGAAGGUGGACUUCGGUUGUUGCGCUCCGGACUCGGAGGAACUGUCGGACUUCACUGUGGGGCGCAAGAGGUUGAAACGGGAGGACUACUCGAACCCGGACUGUAACCCGGACUACACGGACACGUCCAACAUCUCCAACCUGAUCUCCAUCUUCGGCUCCGGCUUCUCGGGGCUGCUGAGCCGCCAGGCGGACCUGGAGCAGGUCUGCAGCAAGCAGGCGCUGGCCAGCCUCGGAGCCUGGACCCGGGCCAUAGUGGCCUUCUGAUCAGCUCCGGGUCAGGUCGCCCCCUUUGCCCCAUAGCGCUGUUUCCUAUCCGUGAAGGAGCUAUUUCGUACCCAGGUGUCGAAACAAGGACAAACGAGUUCAUUCAUUUUAGACAAUUAAAAAGGUUUCUUAUUAAAUCCAACUUUAAAUCACAAGAAAACGUCAAUUUAAUGUCAGUUUGGAGCAGUUUUUUACACUAAAAUAUGACAGAUUCUGACCUUUAAUCAAACCAAAACAACUAUUUAACCUCCUGCUGGUAGAAAUUAUUUAUUAGAGUCUAAUAAAAUAAAACAAAGCAGGUACGAAAUGGCAAAGGGGGCGAAAUGACCUGCAGUGGAUCUGGACUCAGACAGGUUAUCUGAUCAAAGGGAGACCGGGCUCAGUUGUUCUGUGUGGGAACAUUUCAGAACCUGUUCCCAGUUUACACAGUGAGGAGAGGAAGGGGGCUGGUUUCAUUUUGCACAUAUAGGAGGCUGAAGUCGCUCCUCAUGAAGCUCCAUCAGAAGGUUCUCCAGAAACAUUUGAAUUCCUCCUUUGCACAGCUGUGCAGAGAAUCCCAGUCAGAUCCCAAUUAUCUGCACACACGUCUGCAGAAAGCCAGGCCCAAACACAGCAAAACAAAUCCAAUCAGGUCUCCGGUUUGAUGUUUCUUUUAAGAAGAUUUCAGGCUCCUGUCUCCUGCCUCAGCCAUCUUUAAUCACCUGAUGUCAACAGCUGUGACGCAGUCCUGUGUGAAGGUUGGACUGAUGCAGGGUUUUACCUCAGAGCACACAUGUGUCUUAAAAUAAACAUGGACAGGAUGGACAGGCGUGUCACUCAGAGCUUAUUGGAGGAAACGUAGGCGUUUGCAGCUGAGCCCGGCCUCCUCCUUCAGAGUCCAAACAAAAACAGAGCAGAUCUGUGCGGAAGAGGCAGAACACUUUGGUGCCGUAUCUGCAGACCCAGGAUCUGAGGGACUUCUGUUGCCUUAAAAGUGAUGCACACUACUGCUAGCUCCGAUGGAAGUGACUGAAUGUUCUGCUGUCCACUCUGAGCUGCCUCUUGCACAGCCUGAGCAGUUCGUCAGCAUGUCGAUGACAAACAGACUCUGCACCUCCUCUGUGGUCACUAGCAUCCUUUUCCUUUCAGUCGUUGUCGCCGUUCUUUAUGACUCCAGCUUGGUUUUGUCAGUUUUAAACUUUG